AUGGACGCACAGUUUGAAAAACUAGUAAAAAUGGGCAAAAACACUCUCGAUGGUCUAAUUCAAUGGAUGAAAGAUGCUAAGAUCAUUGACGGAAUCAAAGUAACGGAGGAGAAAGCACGGGAAGUGUUCUCCGAAACCACCGAUCCCAAGAACGUCAACUUGGACAAGUUCAAAGAGGCCUUGACUAAACUGGCUACGGACCAAAAGAAAACUGUGGAGGAGUUCACGAAGACGUUAGCAGAUGAAGGACCCAAAUUUGCAGAUGCACUGAAGGCUGGAGCUAGCGCUUUGAAAGAUUUUGAAAGAUAUCGAAAAAGUUAA